AUGGAAGUCGACCUAAUCGCGACCCAAGCCCGCGCCGCCGUCGACAUCCUCACCGCGCAACUCCGCCACCUCGAGCAUGAACAAACCACACUCCUCACCUCGCUGCACCUAACCUGCAGCACUCUCUCCACCCUCCCCAACUACACCGCCAUCGCACCAACACUCUCACAGAUCCCGCACUACGAGAGCAAGCUCGCGCGGCUCAAGGCGGCGAUGGCGCAGCAGCAGCGGGACGUUGCGGAGCUGAAGCGGCGGGCGCUGGAGGCGGGGGCGCGGCGGCGUGCCAACUUGAAGAGGAUCGAGGAGGGGCGGAGGGGCGAGAGGGAGAGGGACAGAACGGUGUUGAGGGCGAGGGUGAUGGAUGAGAGGGAGGCUGCGGUGAGUGAGGGGGAGGGUGGGGCUGAGGGCGGGGAUGGAGCGGCUGAGGGCGCGGGGCGGGGGCGGGGACGGGGACGGGAGGUGGGGUAG